UAGUCAUCUUGUCCAGCCCUACGGUAGUAUCCUUUCGGUGAAAAGUAAAUACAAAGUCCGGAUUUGAUCGGACCCUGGUUAUUAGGUCUUGGGUCCUCUCCGCAAAAUCCCGGACCUGUCCGGGGAGCGCGUAAGCUGCUUGCAUUAGCACAGGUACCUAAUACGAUUCAUCUGAAGAAGCUGUAGAUUUAACGAACCCCGGGAUUAACUCUCGAGUUCAAUGUUAUAAACCCCUUCUGUCUUUCAAAUAGCUAUUAGACCGUUUAUGCAUAGAGAUUUCCUUGGUCGACCUCACCUUAGUGCAUGAAACUCAUAUUAGCCAAGUAGAUAAGUAUGGUCUUUCCAUCGGUAGAAGCAGUAUCAAAGAGUCCGGCAUUCCCGACGGCAAUAUGGAAACUCCAGCCGCAUCAGUACGGCCUCUUGCCUGUUGCCGCUGGAAGAGGGGGGCCCCUGAAUAUCAGCUGGGAGAUCCACGGCGAAGGGCCUAUUAAGCUUAUUUUGAUCGGUGGCAUUGGCCUGACGAAGGCGGAUUGGCAGCAGCAAACCUUGUACUUCGGCCACGAACGUGGAGAUAAGUACUCCGUGCUUGUCUUCGAUAAUCGCGGUGCAGGCAAGUCAGAUAAACCGGUGAUGCGGUAUAGUACGUCAGAGAUGGCGCGUGAUUUGCUCGAGGUCAUAGAUUAUCUCGGUUGGACAGCAGAUCGUCAACUUCAUAUCUCAGGCGGCAGUAUGGGUGGCAUGAUCGCGCAGGAGGUUGCAGUCCUAGCACCGGAGCGCAUUGCUAGUCUGAAUCUGCACUGCACCGCGGCUAAGUUAGAGAAUAAUGGCACAUUCAAGGAGAGUAUGGGCCGCCUUGGUGCUUUGUUCCCUAGAAGUCUCGAGAGUGAGAUCCGCUCAACGGCAAAUGGAUGUUUCCCUGAGGAGUGGCUCCUGGCCCCGGACGAGGCAGAGCCGCCUAGCGAGAAAACACCCAAGUGCGAAGUACCUACUGGCGGGUACGGGAAGUUCGACAGCAACUACGAGCGAUUUGCAGCGCAAGAGAUACAUAUGCGGCGGAGCAAGAACGGGUUUCUACUGCAGGCGGUUGCUGGCGGGUUCCACCGAAAGAGCCCCGAACAGCUGAGAGAUCUGGCGGAUCGGGUAUCUAGGGAAAGGAUCAUGGUCUUGCAUGGAACUGCGGAUAGGAUGAUUCCGGUGGAUCAUGGUAGGAAGUUGAUCGAGUAUCUGAACCCUGGGAAGGCGUUGAUCGUUGAAGGGCUGGGACAUGCACCGAUUCAACAGAUGACAAAAUGGUUUAACGAGUUGCUAGAACAGAGGUGUGCCCUUGGCGAAAAGUUGAGUGGGAGAUGAAAUGAAUUACACUUUGGUAAAAUAGGGGGAAACAUAUUAAUUAGCAUGACUCAGGAUGGCAAUAUUUCCAACUCAUCUUCAACGCUAUAUAUUUUUGAUAUAGAAACCGUAUUACUUCUUACGCGAAGCAUUAGGUACCUAGGUAGUCAUAAAUGUUACUAAGUUGGGGACAGGGACAAA